CGGCGGGAGGGAGGACUGGCGUUUGGGGCUAGGAGCCCCUGAGGUCGCGGGAGCUGGGUGCGCGGGCUUCGCCACAGCGGCUCUGGAAGGACGCAGAAAGAAGCCCGGCGUGUCAACUGGCUUCCUGCGGAAGUUCCCCUGGGGAAACUGGCAGGACUGGUUCCGAAGGCGCCGGGGCCGACCACACAGAGAAGAGCCCUUUAUUACGGAGCCCGCCUUCAUCCCCCUUAGCUUCUGAAUUGACUUACAGUUACCGAGGCUACUUUAAGAAAAAUGGCCCUAUCAGCCCAACAGAUAUCCAAAUGGUUCAACUCAGUUAAAUUGAGGAGCUUCAUUAAUGCUGCACAACUCACAAAACAAUUUCCCAGACCAGGAAGAACAUUGUUAAAUGGCUUUUCUGCCCAGCCUCAGCUGUCGUCUGACAAUUGCUUUCUCCAGUGGGGAUAUAAGACUUACAGAUCUUCCUCCUUAAGGAAUAGUUCCCAGUCUACCAACUCAAGUAGGCAAGAGAGUAAUUCUGCCCAGAGCACUCUGCUUCCUGUGGUGAAUGAGCAGUCAGAGAUCACACAGGAGCUACCCAGCUUUGAUUCUGAGCUAUCUCUAGAAGAUCUGGACGAUUUGCCUCCAUUGUCUCCAUUGCAGCAAGUUUCUGAGGAGGAAGCUAUUCAGAUUAUUGCAGACCCUCUGUUACCCCCUGCUUCAUUCACACUUCGAGACUAUGUAGAUCAUUCUGAGACUCUGCAGAAGUUAGUGCUUCUGGGAGUGGAUUUGUCCAAGAUAGAAAAACAUCCAGAUACAGCCAACCUCCUUCUAAGACUGGAUUUUGAAAAAGACAUUAAGCCAAUACUCCUGUUUCUCAAGGAUUUGGGUUUAGAGGAUAACCAGCUGGGAGGCUUCCUGACUAAAAAUUAUGCUAUUUUCUCUGAAGACCUUGAAAAUCUUGAGACCAGGGUGGCUUACCUGCAGUCAAAAAAUUUCAGUAAGGCAGACAUUGCACAGAUGGUCAGGAAGGCACCGUUUUUGCUGAGUUUUUCGGUGGAAAGACUGGAUAACAGAUUGGGAUUUUUUCAGAAGGAACUUGAACUCAGUGUGAAGAAGACAAGAGAUCUGGUUGUUCGUCUUCCAAGGCUGCUAACUGGAAGUCUAGAGCCUGUGAAAGAAAACAUGAAGGUUUAUCGUCUUGAACUUGGCUUUAAACAUAAUGAAAUUCAGCAUAUGAUCACCAGAAUCCCAAAAAUGCUAACUGCAAAUAAAAGGAAACUCACGAAGACUUUUGAUUAUGUGCACAAUGUGAUGAACAUUCCACACCACCUCAUUGUCAAAUUCCCACAGGUAUUUAAUACAAGAUUGUUUAAAGUCAAAGACAGACACCUGUUUCUUGCCUAUUUAGGAAGAGCGCAGUACGACCCAGCAAAACCUAACUACAUCUCUUUGGACAAAUUAGUAUCUAUUCCUGAUGAAGUCUUUUGUGAAGAGAUUGCCAAAGCUUCAAUACAGGACUUUGAAAAAUUCUUAAAGACUCUUUAGUUCUUGAUGAAUAUUAAAAGUAAUACUGAGGGCCGGGGAUUUAGCUCAGUGGCAUCGUCCCUGCCUCGAAAGCGGAAGGUCCUGAGUUUGAUCCCUGGUACCAAAAAAAAA